AGCUAAUUUUUCCACCUCUAGCGUGAGUUUAUAAAUGACAACAAUAUUCUUAUUUGUUUAUUUUUUUCGUUUUUAAACAAUGAAUUUGUUGCCACGAUCCCGUGAAGAGUUCGCACAAACGGACUACUGGAACGAGUUCUUCAAAAAACGCGGUGAAAAAGCUUUUGAAUGGUACGGCGAAUAUCUAGAACUAUGUGAUCAAAUACACAAAUACAUAAAACCCGCCGACAAAAUUCUGAUGCUCGGCUGCGGCAAUUCCAAGUUGAGCAUGGACAUGUAUGACACGGGAUUUCGGGAAAUCACCAAUAUUGACAUAUCACCUGUUGCUAUUAAAAAAAUGAUUGAUAUCAAUGCAAAGACGCGGCCAGACAUGAAGUUCCUUCAAAUGGACGCUACUGCCAUGACUUUUGGCGACGACAGUUUCUCGGUGGCCUUGGACAAGGGUACUUUGGAUGCCUUGUUUGUGGAUGACAACGCUGAGACGCAAGCCGUUGUCGAACGUUACUUUAAGGAAAUAUUGCGCACAAUGCGCAAUGGUGGUCGCUAUGUGGGCAUUUCCCUGUUGCAGGAGCAUAUUAUCAACUUUUUGGCAGAUUUCCUACCAAAAAACAAUUGCAUGUUGCGUAUUGUUCACUGUGUGGACGUUGAGCGUGCCAAUAAGGAAAAGAAUACCGAUGAUUCGUUGUCGUUGCCCGUGUUUGUUGUGGUAGCCACCAAAUUCAAGAGUUUGCCUAUGGCAAUCUUAGAAUUUGGCUUGGGCAACGAUAAAAUGCAACGCUGUCAAAGCUCCACGGAGCUCAUCAAUGCAGUGAAGUCAGUGCAAAAGGCAGCUUUAGUCUGCAAUGGAUUGGCACGCUCUAGCAUCGCCGGGCAUAACGAGGUUACAUUGGACUUGUUUCGUGCCUCAGAGGAAGCUCCUCGUUACACCAUCCAUAUUAUAGAUCAGCCACCAGCACGUGGCAUCGGAAAAUACGCCGCAUUUAUUGUACCUCAAGGUCGAGAAAUUGAAUGGCUAUUUGCCACACCCGCAGGUCGUCGAAAACUUCAAGCUUCAGCCAAAUAUCAGCGCUUGGCUGUCGUUACUCUGCAUCGUGAUCAGAUCUAUAGCACACUGGAUGAAGUCAAAGUUGAGCUGGCUUCAAGCAUUAGCAAUUUGGCACCGGCGGGUCUCACUGAACAGAUUCCUUAUCUAUCGCUUGGCUCCGAAGUCGGACAUCGCGAGACGCUUAUUUCCGGAUUCUCUAAGAUAUCCGGCGAAUUUCGCAUUGAAGAGGUUGAAGCCGAUGGCAAAACGUUGCGUCGCCUUAUAUUUCUGAACAACCAGUUUGUCGUGCAGUCGGAAGCGUUAAUUAAAACCAUCAAAAUCAAGGGCAAAAAGAAUCGCAAGAAGAUUGACUUUGGCUACUUGGCAUGCCAGCAUCAUCUCUUCAUGUCUGUGGGCGUACAGCUGGCCACCUCGAUUCAGAGUCCAAAGAAAGAUGUGCAGAAGGAUGUGCUGGUGAUUGGUCUCGGAGGUGGCGGUCUCUGCAGUUUCUUGCACGCCGCAUUGCCUCAGACAAGAAUUACAGCUGUGGAAAUCGAUCCCAUUAUGCUGGAGAUAGCUGAGCAAUACUUUGAACUCAAGCAAGAUAAUCGGUUUCAUGUGGUCAUCGAUGAUGGUCUCGCCUUUGUGGAACGCUGUCGUAAUGAGGAUUUGCAUUUCGAUGCUGUGCUCUUUGAUGUGGACAGCAAGGAUCUGUCUCUGGGCAUGAGUUGUCCGCCCCAAAGUUUUCUGGCCAAUGAGAUAUUACAGCACAUCAAGGAAAUCAUUGGGCCCAAAGGUCUGUUCAUGUUGAACUUGGUGUGUCGCGAUGAAACCUUGCGUGCCGAGGCUGUUGCGAAAUUGCAGCAAGUAUUUGCCUCAGUUUGUUGUUAUAAGUUGGAUGAGGACAUCAAUGAGGUUGUAUACUGUGCCAACGAUGAUAAGUACAAAACUAUUGAGCAGUGGAAGAAACAAAUGGGAAGCGCAGGACGAGGUCUCAACAGCGCCAUCAGGGAUCAGAAGUUGUCCAACGAUGAAGCGCUUGAUGUAGCUGAAUUUCUAAGCGAAUUGAAGAUUUAAUAGUCAGUAGUUGAACAUGAAAAGAAAUACACAACGCAUAGUGCUUUAAAUAAAUGUUAAUUGCUUUUACAAUUGAAUAAAA